AUGCCGCAACAUCUAAACUACGGUGAGGGUGAACUGCUCGGGUGGUCUAACAAGACCUACAAGCGCCGAAGGGAGCGACAGCGGGUAGCGGAGCUGAACGACGCCCUGUCCCGCCUGAAACAGCUCGUGCCUUCGGUACGGGAACUACCCUUUCCCAACAGGGGCCGUGGACACGACAGGCUCACCAAGGUUGGGAUCCUUCGCGCCGCAGUGUGCUACAUCCGGCACAUGAUGGAGGCUCUCCAGACUGACGUCAUCAUGAUGGACACUCUCCAGAAUGACGUCAUCAGUGAUGACACGGUACUGGAAGAGGAGAGGGCGCGUGACGUGGACUUACUCAGUCUCUCAGAACUGUGUACCAACCACGGACUGGAGUCAACACAGCAGUUUGUGUAA